AUGAGUGCGGAAAUAUUCUCGAACAUCUACAAUGGCCCGUUCAAGAGAUAUCUACUGCUAUCGAAAAAUAUAGGACAGGACGUACAGAACCAGAGCGAAAUAGCAGACUUGGCGUUUCAAGCUGAGCUGCGAUACCUCGAGUACUCGGAGAACUUCAAGAAACCCCCUUCGGCAAACAUAGUUCUCAACCCCAUAAUCCACCAGAUCGACAAGACAAAGCACUACGUUUGCAGCGAUCCCAGCCUGGGGGACCACAUAAACGUCGUGUCUCAAUCUAUAGGGGCUCUCAUGUGGGUUCAAGAAAAAGACCCAGUGUGUUACCUGGAAGAAAUCCUCUCAGACGCCAAGACCUACACGGAUAUCUUGUUGGUAUUCUUCAAGGAUAAAGAACUACACGUGGAGUGGGUUGAAGCCUGGUUGGAAACCCUAAACGACCUCAACAAUUUCGUGCGAAGGAGAUACCCCAAAGGUCUGACCUGGAAAGGGGAGCUGGAGAUUCCAAACUCCGAGCUCCUUCAAGACCUUACGGAGUUCCAAACGUUAAACACCGACAACCUCUACAACGAGAUAAACAAGGGUCAAACCAUCCAGGAGGCUUUGAGAAGAUUAAAUUCUCAAAACGUGGUGCAGGAAGAAGAAAAACAACAAGAAAUAGCUCCGCCCCCGGCUGUUUUUCAUCGAGAUGGCAAAAAGUGGAAAAUCGAACAUCAAAGAGGCGCCGAGAAGCAUCUGACGAUAAACGAAGCAGAACCCGACAACGUUCUCUACAUCUACGACUGCAAAAACAUAACGCUGGUAGUAGAACGCAAGGUUAACGUUAUAAAGCUGGACAACUGCGAAAAAAUCAGUCUCAUAUUCCGUUCUCUGAUUUCUGGAGUGGAGAUUAUCGCUAGUAGGGAUUUGAAACUUCACGCUUUCGGUACUGUACCCAGCAUCAGCAUAGAUUCUUGCAGCGACGUCAACAUCCACCUCACGAAAAAAGGUUUGGACGCGCAAGUGGUGACGUCGCAAUGUUCCAAGAUAUCUUUGAGUUACCCCAUGGAGGAUGGUUAUUACAAGACUUUCUAUAUUCCGAGCAGACUCAUGACGACCAUAAGUCCGGAUCAUAGUCUCAGAACUUCACCGGUUAUCGAUGAAUAA